UUGCCUCCACUUGCUCCCACUGUCAGUUUGCAGCACAUCUGUUCAUCAUGGGGAAAGGGUUCUACAUUAGCAAAACAGUGGGGAUCGUCGGGAUCGUGCUGGGCGCUGGAGCCGUGGCCACCAUCAUCGCUCUCUCUGUCGUUUACUCUCAAGAAAAAUCCAGAAACAAAGAAAUAGAGGUGAAACCCACUGAAGGAACGACAACCACAAACCAGCCAACCACACCAGCAUCCAACGAACCAUGGGACAGGUUUCGUCUCCCUGACACUCUUAUCCCAGAUUCUUACGAUGUCACGUUAUGGCCGCGUCUCAAACCGAAUGCUGACGGCGUCCACAUCUUCACGGGAAACUCCAGCGUGGUGUUCAAGUGUGUGAAAGAGACGGAUCUUAUCCUGAUUCACGCCAACAAGCUGUUCCUGACCUCUAAGGCCACACUGAGAACGCUCAAUGGCUCUCCUGCGCCGUCCAUCACGUCCGAAAAGACCGUCAACAAAACCCAGUAUUUUGUGUUUCACUUGGGCGAGAAAUUAAAAGUAGGAGAGUGGUACAAACUCCACACUGAGUUCCAAGGGGAACUUGCAAAUGACCUGGGAGGAUUUUACCGGAGCGAGUAUGACGUAAAUGGCGUUAAGAAGGUGGUGGCCACCACACAGAUGCAGCCCACAGAUGCCCGGAAAGCCUUCCCUUGUUUUGAUGAACCUGCAAUGAAAGCUACUUUUAAUAUCACUCUUCUCCAUGAACCAGGGACCAUCGCACUAUCCAACGGCCAGGAAAUUGAGUCAGUUGAAGUUGUUGAAGGCGGUGAGAAGCUCAAUAGAACACGAUUCGAACCUACCAGGAGAAUGUCCACAUACUUGCUGGCGUUUAUCGUCAGUGAUUUUAAAUCAAUUGAGAACAGAACGGAAAACGAUAUUUCGAUUCGUAUUUUUGCCCGUGAGGAGGCCAUCAACGAUGGACACGGACAGUACGCACUGAACAUCACGGGCAAGAUCCUAAAAUUCUUCGAAGAUUAUUAUAAAGUCCCUUAUCCACUCACCAAAUCAGAUCAGGUGGCUCUGCCUGACUUCAACGCCGGUGCGAUGGAGAACUGGGGUUUGAUCACCUACAGAGAAACCGCUCUGCUCUACGACAGUGAAGUGUCCUCUAAUGGGAAUAAAGAGCGAGUCGCCACCAUCAUCGCUCAUGAACUCGCACACAUGUGGUUUGGGAACCUUGUUACUAUCAAAUGGUGGAACGAUCUCUGGCUGAACGAAGGAUUCGCCUCCUACGUCGAAUAUCUUGGAGCUGACAAUGCAGAGCCUAACUGGAAUAUUACAGACCUGAUCGUACUGAACGACGUGCACAGAGUUUUCGCUGUGGAUGCUCUGGCCUCCUCCCACCCGCUGUCCUCUAAAGAAGACGAAGUCCUGAGACCAGAGCAGAUCAGUGAGGUGUUCGAUGCCAUCUCCUACAGCAAGGGGGCGUCAGUGUUGAGGAUGCUCUCAGAUUUCCUGAGUGAACCCGUUUUUGUGCAGGGACUCACUAGCUACCUCAAUCACUUCCAGUUCGAGAACACAGUGUACACAGACCUUUGGGAUCAUCUCCAGCAGGCUGUAGUUGACUCUGGAACGAAGAUCCCUAGGACCGUAAGUGAAAUCAUGGACCGCUGGGUUCUUCAGAUGGGUUUCCCAGUGGUGACAAUUGACACGGUGACGGGAGCGAUCACUCAAAACCACUUCCUCCUCGAUCCUGAGUCUUUCGUGGAGCGACCAUCUCCUUUCAAAUAUGAGUGGAUUGUUCCAAUACAAUGGAUGAAAACUGAAUUUAAGCAGGAAAUCUACUGGCUGAUGACCAAAAACGCUCAAAACGACAUGAUGAAAAUGGUGGGCUCUGAUUGGCUGGUGGCCAACCUCGACGUUUCGGGAUACUACAGAGUCAACUACGACAUGGGGAACUGGAAGAAGCUGCUGGAUGUUCUCCAGAGCAAUCAUAAGAACAUUCGUGUGAUUAACCGAGCUCAGAUUAUAGACGAUGCUUUCAAUCUUGCUAGGGCGAGAAUUAUUUCGACCACACUGGCUCUAAACACUACACUCUAUUUAUCAAACGAGAGAGACUACAUGCCCUGGGAGUCCGCUCUGGACAAUCUGGAUUAUUUCUACCUCAUGUUCGAUCGCACGGAUAUUUACGGAUUAUUGCAGUCUUACACAAAGAAGCAAGUGGAGGGACUUUUCCAGUACUUUAAAAUCAUCACUAAGAACUUUACCGAGAUUCCCGACAGCCACAUGGAUCAGUAUAAUGAAGUGAACGCUCUGCGCGUGGGCUGCAACUCUGGAAUAGACGAGUGCAAAACUCUUGUAACGAACUGGUUUGAAGAGUGGAGAAAUAACUCAGAUAUCAACCCGAUCCACCCUAACCUGCGCUCCACGGUGUACUGCCAGGCCAUCGCUGCAGGGGGCGUCACACAGUGGGACUUCGCCUGGUCCAUGUUUCAGAAAGCCACCAUCGCCACCGAGGCCGAGAAACUGAGAGCCGCCAUGGCGUGCAGCACCACACCCUGGAUCCUCAACCGGUAUCUGACCUACACACUGGACCCUAAAAAGAUCCGUAAACAAGAUGCAACGUCUACCAUCAUCUACGUGGCGAAUAACGUGGUGGGUCAGCCGCUAGCGUGGGACUUCAUCAGAGCGAACUGGGAGUACAUCUACAGAGAGUACGGCGGAGGAUCCUUCUCCUUCGCUAACUUAAUCAACGGUGUCACAAAACGCUUCUCUACUGAGUUCGAGCUCAAACAGUUGGAACAGUUUAGAAAAGAUAAUGAACACAUCGGAUUCGGUUCUGGUUCCAUGGCCAUUGAGCAGUCCAUCGAGAGGACCAAGGCCAACAUCAAGUGGCGCUCACAGAACCAGGCCGAGGUGAAAUCAUGGCUGGAAGGAGCUGUUAAAUUAUAAACAUACAUAUACACACACACACACACACACACACACACACAGGUAAAUGAGACAAAUCUAUUUGUCACAUGCUUUUUUAUCCUGCGAUCAUCUUUAUCGCUAAUUUUAUCUUAUUUUUUUUAUAUUAAAUAUUUUAAAUAAAUGACUUUUGUGUGAAAUGAAUGAUGCAUUAAGCCAUCAUUUCUUUCUGCUGUGGAAUAAAACAAAACAAUUA